UGCACGACAGUUUUCUCUCUCUCUCUCCCUUUCCCUCUUUCUCCCUGUACCCCUUUGGCAGCUCUUGAAAUGGCUUUUGGCGAAUCAGUCGAGUACUUCAAUGUUGAGUUUCUGGAAGGAGGUCAUCGUCAAGGUUUCGAGCAAGCUCUGAUGCGGGUGUUGAAGACAGGCCUAGCGGAACACACGUUUGCUGAAAUUAUUGAUGGACUUCCCGUUAGACGCUCAUAUGUAGAAUUUCACUGGCCACAGGAUGGGCAUCCGGCAUAUCAACAUGAUGAACUUUGCCCGGGCAUGAUCGAGAGAGCUCGGGAGCUUCAAUCAAAUUUUCCGGUUACGAGAUUGCGCUUUAAAUUACCUUUGCUUAAUGCCUUUGCAGAGACGGCAUUUGGCUCAAUGCCCUUUCAUCUUCGCCUCGUUGAGCUCCUCGCAGUGUCAUGUCAUCAAAUUGCGGUUCACGUAUAUCAGCUUGACGGAGUAAGCCACAAACACUGUGAAUACGAAAAAUGGAUAAAUCAGCCACGGGAUAUGACGCGGUGGGACUCUUUUCGAUAUCCCACCGCCUUCUGCCACGCAUUUUACACGGCCGUUGAACAGUACCCGAACGGGGUCGCUGAUGUCGUAGCCUACUGGGCUGAGGCCAAGAUAUUUGGAGGGGUGGUACUAUUCGAUAGAGGAGAGUCGGAAACUGAGUGUAGGGAAGUGUACCUCCAUGCAGGACGUCGAGGGGGUCCUUAUACUCUAUUCCCCCCCACAACAGAGCAGUUUGGGAGACUCAUGGUAUUUCUACUCGGCGGAAAGGAUGAAUCCGCUGCGAUAGAGAACCCACUCCCCAUCAGAGCCACCUCGGAGAACCGCUGGCGCUGGGAUGCUUGGGAUGCAACGACGCACUACCACAUCUUUCGCGACAAGUACGAACGGCUCAUCAGCCCGACCAAGCCGCCAACAUCAUAUCGGUCGUCAUACUACGAAGGAAAAGAUGUGGAUAAGGACGGGAUUCGUGCCGCGUUGGAGCGUUUGAAACAGAUAACUCCGUCUUCGCCAAUUUGGGAGAAUCGAGAAACAAGGCAUGCUUGGACUAAAAAUGUUUUGAAGUAG